UACCAAGCUGGGUUGACCCUUAGAUUCUUUGUGUGGUGGUUAUACACAGGGCAUGGCAUUACACCUUCAGCCUCCAGUGUGAGAGUUUGCUCGUAGGGUUAGGGGAAGUAUCUGUGACUAUGGUGACCACACCGUUCCUGUGGUUCCUGCUGACUUUAGCCCCGGUGGGCGUGUUGCCGGAUGACGUCAAGGGAGGCGGCUGCGUGUGUGGAUACCCCGGGAUCCCAGGCGACCCCGGACAUAAUGGGGCGCCGGGUCGCGACGGCAGAGAUGGUGUGAAAGGGGAAAAGGGGGAUCAAGGUGUCAUUGGCGCAGAUGGCCUACGUGGGCAAGAGGGUGCCAAAGGACCCAAAGGAGACCCAGGAGAUCCAGGGCUAUCGGGCAUGAAGGGCAAAAGAGGGGAGAACGGCGAGCGGGGAUGGCCUGGGAAGAUGGGGCCCCAAGGUGUACCUGGGCCCCUGGGGCUCAAAGGGGACAAAGGGGAGCUGGGGUUACCCGGCUCUCGGGGGGUGAAAGGCGAAGAAGGGCCCCAGGGGCCGGAGGGUAACCGUGGGCCAAUUGGGAUAAAAGGAGAGAGGGGUGUCAUUGGGCCUUCUGGUCCCACGGGGCGUCCUGGAAUCAAAGGAGACAUUGGUGCUCCUGGUCAGAAAGGAAGCAUAGGCUUCCAAGGGGAGAAAGGAGACAGAGGAGACCAAGGAGAGAAAGGGGUUGUUGGAGAUAUGCCCGUCAUACCUAAGAGUGCAUUCUCCGUGGGCCUGACAGAUCACAGCAAGCGGCCCCCAGUAAACACGGCCAUCCGCUUUGAUAAGAUCAUCUAUAACCAGCAAGGGCACUACGAUGCCCAAACGGGACGGUUCUCUUGCGCCUUUGCUGGGGCAUACUACUUUACUUACCACAUUACGGUGUACUCUCGUAAUGUGAAGGUGGCCCUGGUAAGAAACGGAGCACGCAUUAUUCACACCAUGGACAUAUACCAGAACGGGGAGGACCAGGCAGCAGGGGGCACUGUGCUGCACUUGGAGGCUGGAGACAAGGUUUGGUUACAGGUGGUAGGGGGAGAACUGUACAAUGGGCUUUUUGCCGAUGAAGAUGAUGACACAACAUUCUCUGGGUUUCUUAUAUUUGCAAAUUGAAAAAGCGACCCCCUACUUCCAAUGAAUUUCACACAACAAAAUAGUUAAGUGAAAAAUGAGAAAAUGUCUUUUAUAACACUAAGAAGAGAACCUUACCAAUUAGAGUUAUGGUGGAGGCCAGUGUAUGCAAACCCGGUAUGGCUGCUUCUAGGAUUACCUAGCACCAUGUAGAUUUUUAGUUCAUUUUAAUGUAGCAAUUCAUUGUCCCUGUAUCAUGCUUUAAGAUGAUUUCCCUGUAAUCUUGAAACUGACUAUACUUGAGUAAUAAUAUAAAUUAAACAAAAAUACAAGUGAA